GUAAGCGAAGCAGGACCACAGACCUGAAGAAGAUACCCAGAGUGAAAACAAGCGCUUGCUUCUUCACAAUGUCGGCCCGUCAAGUGAGCAAACUUCAACCCAGUUUCUACUAAGGUAAUGGAAAGCAAAAUACACAGUGUGAGAGAAGCACCGCAGCAGAACUGGAACUGUUUCAAGUUAAUCAUCGACCCAGCGUUGACGAAAGGACUGCAGAAAGUCUACCGCUAUGAUGGACGUCGUUUUAACACACCAGUUGAUGACUUGGGCCUGCUCCCUGUAGAGUCAGUGAAAGAUCCUCGCAUCUGCCGCUUGUGGAGAAAAUUCAACAAGACUGACCUUGUAAUUCCAAAGUUUAAGAUUGAUGAAUGGUAUGUCGGACCAGUUCCUCCUAAAGAAGUGACCUUUUCCAGGUUGAACGACAAUGUGAACAAGGCGUUCUUGAAUGAUAUGUGCAAAAAAUUUGGAGACACGGAACAAGUGGAAAUCUUUUACAAUCCGAACAACAAAAAGCAUCUGGGAAUUGGGAAGGUGGUUUUUGACAGCGUGAAAGCCGCUAAGGAAGCAGUGGAGAAGCUGAACCAGACCUCUGUGAUGGGGAACAUUAUUCACGCUGAAAUUGAUCCCAAAGGUGACAACAGAUCCCGCUACAUCCAGCUGCUCCUGCAGGGUGUGUAUACACCACAGACUUUGCCCGCGGGAUGUUCCGACCAAAGUUUCCUGAAGCUAUUGGACAGUCUUCAGUGCAAUGCAGUUUUUCGACCUCUAAGUGGCGCCUGCAGCCCCGCAAGCAUCACCACCCCUCUCUCACUGGACACAGCCUACUCCAGCAUGUGGCAGGACACGCCACACAGCUUUGGCCUUACACCACAUUCGCAAGGAACCCCCCGCACCCCCUGUUUGUCUGCGACUCCACUCUCUCAGGACUCCUGCUACUCCAGCCUUCAGAGCACCCCAAUCCUCACGGGGGAGCCCUUCACUUACAGUGUUCACACAUCUUUCAGGCGAGAGCUCCGGAAGCAGCCAAGGAGUCACAGGGGAACUGGUGAGGUCUCCAAGGUCAGCUUGGUCUUUAAACACUGGCAACAACAGACCUCAUGCAUUACUUACAGCCGGAGGCAGAACAGAGGACAAUCUUCACCUCAGAAAACGGAAGCUUCCUUACAAUCAUUAACCCACGAGGCAGAAUCCACCUGCCAUCUUGCUACACAGAGUUUAUUUUUGGACAUUAAUUUAAGAAGUGACCCUAAAAGAAAUCCUCCGUCUCCCCCCGUCUGCCAGGGAGAGCUUGCUGAGCCUCCUUUUAGAGAUGAAACCCAGAGUUUAGACUCCCGCAUAGAGAGUUUGUUAUUUACUGAGUGCUCUCAAGAGUCACUUUGCUGUCCUCCUAGUACACUGUCACACCCAACCAGCGCGUCAAACGAGACACACAAAGACAUAGACUCAAUUUUGCUCAAUGGAAAUCCCGAGUUACAAGUAAAGUUCAAUGUGUAUGAGGCUGAUGUUUCCAGUGACAGAAGAGAUAGUGAGCCUACCUCUGAAGGAAAAGAAAAUCAGUUCACACCAAGCUCAAAGGAAGAGAUGUUUUCAGAUGAAGCCAUGUUGCAUGUCAAACACUCAAUGAGUUUGCCUGCCACACAGACUAGUUACCCUGUCCUUCCUCCGCCACCAUUUCACCCUCUCAAUUCCAACAUGCAUAAUCCCCAUCCAGAUGGUGCACCUGCUAUUUCAUCCCUCCUCCCAGUUGCCCGGUUACCUGUACCCAUCCCUUCUUUCCCUCCUGCACCACCUGCCUUGCCAAAUGGUGCAAUUCCCUUUCCUCCUCCAUGUUGGAAAAACCUACAAGAAACUCUACGGCCUCCAACCUGUGUUCCACCUCCUCCUAUAUGCAUACCCCAGCCUCCAUCUUCCAUGGUGUCAACCUCUCGUUCACCUUUUCCUGUACAAACUUUGAAAAACCUUCACAAGAUCACAGUUGAACAGGUGUUUGAUACUAUCAUGGUUGAACUGAAGUGUGUCAUUAGGAAGGACAUUACUCGCAGAAUGAUCGAGGGGUUUGCGUUUAAGCUGUUUGAAGACUGGUGGGAAUCUCAAAAGAGACAUCGCAAGGUUUCUUCUUUGAAGAGUAAACCAGCUAGUGUGGAAGACAAGAACCAGCUCAUAAAUCCUAUGAACCGCAUCAAUGCACAAGUCAAUAAACCUCCACUUCCCUCUUUCAAGAUAAAGGGAAAACGUGAAGCUCCUGUGCCACCAGAGCCCAUCAAAACACUUAGUUCUGAUUGGGAACAAAUGGACAAGUCUCUUGCUCCGACGAUAGAGAGACGGAAACACAGACAUGCGAGACCGCUAGAGCUUGAAAGUGAUGAAGAUGAUCAAAGUGAAGAAAGUAAUGCCCAGCAAGAAGAAGAUGAAUCAAGCAAACUAGAGAGAGCUGAAACACUGGCCGUUGAAGAGAGUACUUGUAACAAGGAACACCCUGGUGAUGGUGGAGAUGGAGAAAAAGAGGAAGACAAAAAGCAGGAAAAUGGUGUUUCGCCAGCAGCACUAACUGAAAUCUCAGAGAGUGAGUCGUCCCCAGAGAGCGACUCCUCUAACACAAGCUACUGCAUCUCAGACAACUUUGAGGACUCAUCUGGGUCUGGACUCAGUCAGGAUGAAGAAGACCAGCUCAUCACCAGUAGAGAGUUUUGUGGUAUUUCAUCAGACGAAGAGUCCAUGGACCUUGAGCCUCCUGCCACACCCACUGCCCCCCCGACUCCGUGUGCCCAGGAAGUGUUUAAAGUGCAGGACUGGUCAUUACCAGAUGAGAUCCAUGGCAUGUAUCGGCAUGACAUGGUAGUAACCGAAGAACCGGGUGACCAACAUCUCAACCAACCUGAAGGCCUUUAUCGAUCAUCACCAACCGAACCAACAGUUGUAGAGGAUCUUGAUCUUGAAAUGGAGAACCACUGGUGGGUUUUGGAAUCCGAGGAGGACAAUGACCACCUAAGACCCUUAACUCCGACUGGGAGUUUUGUGGACAGUGAUCCAGAUGUGACUACUAAAAGUAAAACAACAUCCCCAGAGGUGGAACGACCACAGACUCCAGGAAGAGGGAUUUUGGCUGAACUAGGAAGUAAUUCUGAUGAAGUACUUUCUCCUUCACCAUCAAGGGACCAAUGUUUGGGUCCCCCUGAAUCUCUGGGAAGACUUUCAUACCAAGAAAGACCCAAAACACCUGGCAGAGAGGAGACAACUGAGUGGGUAUAUUGUCCCUGGGAAAGAGCUGAAUUGGAUUACAGUGAAGUUGCAUUCCCAUUUGCCGAUCCAUCACUGGGAGUCAGUCCCUAUAUCCAUGCCCCAAAGACUCCUGGACGGGAUGUUAUUCUACCGCGAAGAGCCAUCAUUCACAGGAGGAAGACACACAUAGGUUGUGGGAGUAUUGGGGAGUCUUCCUCAUUUGGGGGUUCUGAGGGAGAGUGGGUGAGGUGUGUUGAGAGGACUAAACCAUUGCAGGGACUUGAAAAUGUGCCUGGCCUUCUAGUAGGAGAAAACCUGAUGUCCAAGAACAAGAAGAAGAGAUUCAGGAGGUACUGGAGACGGCGUCGUUGUUGGGACAAACUGAACAGACCUGGUGGCUCACUCUUCUCUUGCCGUUCACUGAGUGAAGAGAACAGAAUCCUUCACAGUCUGUGGAAGGAGGGUGUGGAUGAGGAGGACACCAGACUUCUGCAAUUCAAAUUUGACUGGCUGCUGCGGCGGAACAGAGGCUGUGGCUGGUUGAGUCACACUCACUGGAUCCCCCAUCCUCGGACAAAACCCGACACAAAACCUCAUGACGCAUCAACAACAUGGCAGAAAACACACAAGACCGGCUCGGCCCGCAGUGAAGGGUUUUACAGAAUCAGCAAAAGUGACAAAAUGAUGGCUCAAGUUACAGCUUCCUGCUCUCAGGAUGAAAUGUGUGCUCCUGCCCAGUCUGCAUCACUACGGUCUAAAUCUGAUUUUCGUUGUGAGCAGCGCCGUCUUUUGUCAUCGUUCAGUUGUGAUAGCGAUCUGGUGAAAUUCAAUCAGCUUAAGCUGACGUUUCUUUUGCUCCAGUACCGAAAAAAGAGGCUUUGUUUCAGCCGUAGUCACAUCCAUGACUGGGGUCUGUUUGCAAUGGAGCCUAUUGCUGCGGACGAGAUGGUGAUCGAGUAUGUCGGUCAAAUUAUCAGACAGGUUGUGGCUGAUGUAAGGGAGCAGCGGUAUGAAGAGGAAGGUAUUGGAAGCAGCUAUUUAUUCCGGAUCGAUGAGGACACCAUCAUCGAUGCGACCAAAUGUGGGAACUUAGCCAGAUUUAUCAACCACAGCUGCAACCCUAACUGCUAUGCAAAGAUCAUCACAGUGGAGUCGGAGAAGAAGAUCGUGAUCUACUCUCGACAGCCAAUCAACAUCAACGAAGAGCUGACAUAUGACUACAAGUUUCCCAUCGAGGAGACGAAGAUUCCCUGUCUGUGUGGAGCAGAAAACUGCCACGGCUCCUUGAACUGACACGCUGGAGAUUCUGCCUUUUCUUUUGAAGUCUACUCAGGGACUGAAGUACAGAUUCUCUCAGCAAGGUGUGGAACCUAGGAACAUUUCAAUAAUGUAAGUCUGAACUCAUUAGGAAUCAUGUGACGGUGAGGUAGUCAUCUGACACCGUCUCCAGGAUGAAAUAUAAGACUUCUAGUUGUGUCAAUUGUGUUUGAAUGAUUUUAGGGCACUUAAUCAAUGUUCUUACAAAUGUUCCUCAGCUACCUCUUUCUACUACACAUAGCAGUUAAACCUGCUUUGUUUUAGGGGAAUAUACAGCACACCACAAACUACCUAGUUUAAAUCUCUAUUCAGUUUCCUGUCAAAAGCUA